CGCGCGCAGUCGGGCGGCGCAGGUGAGGCCGGCCGCGCCAUGGUGGACCCGGUGGGCUUCGCCGAGGCGUGGAAGGCGCAGUUCCCGGACUCGGAGCCGCCGCGCAUGGAACUGCGCUCGGUGGGCGACAUCGAGCAGGAACUGGAGCGCUGCAAGGCCUCCAUCCGGCGCCUGGAGCAGGAGGUGAACCAGGAACGCUUCCGUAUGAUCUACCUGCAGACGCUGCUGGCCAAGGAGAAGAAGAGCUACGACCGCCAGCGCUGGGGCUUCAGGCGCGCGGCGCAGCCCCCCGACGGCGACGCGGAGCCGCGCGCGCCCGCGCCGCGCCCCCAGCCCGCGCCAGCUGAUAGCGCGGACCCGCCGCGGGCCGAGGAGCCCGAAACCCGGCCGGACGGAGAGGGGUCGCCCGGCAAGCCCAGGCCCGCGGCCGCCCGCAGGCCCGCGGCCACCAAUGCGCCCGCGGACCGGGAGGACCGGGGCCACCCCACCAGCGUGGCGGCGCUCAGGUCCAACUUUGAAAGGAUCCGCAAGGGCCACGGCCAGUCCGGGGCGUCCGAAGCCGAAAAACCCUUCUAUGUGAACGUCGAGUUUCACCACGAACGCGGCCUCGUGAAGGUCAACGACAAAGAGGUGUCUGACCGAAUCAGCUCCCUGGGCAGCCAGGCCAUGCAGAUGGAGCGCAAGAAGUCCCAGCACGGCGGCGGCCCCGGGCCUGCUCUCGGGGAUGUGCCCAGGUCCUCUUACCGGGGGCGCCCCUCGGAGAGCAGCUGCGGCCUCGACGGUGACUAUGAGGACGCUGAGCUGAACCCCCGCUUCCUGAAGGACAACCUGAUCAACGCCAAUGGUGGCAGCAGGCCCCCGUGGCCGCCGCUGGAGUACCAGCCCUACCAGAGCAUCUAUGUCGGGGGCAUGAUGGGGGAGGGGGAGGGCAAGGGCCCGCUCCUGCGUAGCCAGAGCACCUCCGAGCAGGAGAAGCGCCUUACCUGGCCCCGUCGGUCCUACUCCCCUCGGAGCUUCGAGGACAGCGGAGGUGGCUACACUCCGGACUGCAGCUCCAACGAGAACCUGACCUCCAGCGAGGAGGACUUCUCCUCUGGCCAGUCCAGCCGCGUGUCCCCAAGCCCCACUACCUACCGCAUGUUCCGGGACAAGAGCCGCUCGCCCUCGCAGAACUCGCAACAGUCCUUCGACAGCAGUAGCCCCCCCACGCCUCAGUGCCAGAAGCGGCACCGUCAGGGCCAGGUUGUGGUGUCAGAGGCCACCAUCGUGGGCGUCCGCAAGACGGGGCAGAUCUGGCCCAGUGAUGGGGACAGCUUGUCAGGCAGGCUGCCUCAGGAAGGUACCUUCCAUGGAGAUGCAGAUGCGUCGUUCGGGACGUCACCUGGAUACAGCUGUGCUGCCGACCGGGUUGAGGAGCAGCGCCGGCACCAGGACGGACUGCCCUACAUCGAUGACUCACCCUCCUCUUCACCACACCUCAGCAGCAAGGGCAGGGGCAGCCGGGACGCUGUGACCUCCGGAGUCCUGGAGCCCAGCAAAGCGAGUGAGCUGGACUUGGAAAAGGGCUUGGAGAUGAGGAAAUGGGUCCUGUCUGGAAUCCUGGCUAGUGAAGAGACCUACCUGAGCCACCUGGAGGCACUGCUGCUGCCCAUGAAGCCUUUGAAGGCCGCUGCCACCACCUCUCAGCCGGUGCUUACGAGCCAGCAGAUUGAGACCAUCUUCUUCAAAGUGCCUGAGCUGUAUGAGAUCCACAAGGAGUUCUAUGACGGGCUCUUCCCCCGCGUGCAGCAGUGGAGCCACCAGCAGCGAGUGGGCGACCUCUUCCAAAAACUGGCCAGCCAGCUGGGUGUAUACCGGGCCUUUGUAGACAACUAUGGAGUUGCCAUGGAAACAGCUGAGAAGUGCUGUCAGGCCAACGCUCAGUUUGCAGAAAUCUCUGAGAACCUGAGAGCAAGAAGCAAUAAGGAUGCCAAGGACCAAACCACCAAGAACUCUUUGGAAACCCUGCUCUACAAGCCUGUGGACCGAGUGACGCGCAGCACGCUGGUCCUGCAUGACUUGCUGAAGCACACCCCCUCCAGCCACCCUGACCACCCUUUGCUGCAGGAUGCCCUCCGCAUCUCUCAGAACUUCCUGUCGAGUAUCAAUGAGGAGAUUACACCCCGCCGGCAGUCUAUGACUGUGAAAAAAGGAGAGCACCGGCAGCUGCUGAAGGACAGCUUCAUGGUGGAACUCGUGGAGGGGGCCCGCAAGCUGCGCCACGUCUUCCUCUUCACUGACCUGCUCCUGUGUACCAAGCUCAAGAAGCAGAGUGGAGGCAAAACCCAACAAUAUGACUGCAAAUGGUACAUCCCGCUCACGGAUCUCAGCUUCCAGACACUGGAUGAGUCAGAAGUGGCACCCAACAUCCCUCUGGUGCUGGAUGAGGAGCUGGAUGCCAUGAAGAUCAAGAUCUCUCAGAUCAAGAAUGACAUCCAGAGAGAGAAGAAAGCCAACAAGGGCAGCAAGGCCAUCGAGAGGCUGAAGAAGAAACUCUCGGAGCAGGAGUCGCUGCUCCUGCUCAUGUCUCCCAGCAUGGCCUUCAGAGUGCACAGCCGCAAUGGCAAGAGUUAUACAUUUCUGAUUUCAUCUGACUAUGAGCGUGCUGAGUGGAGGGAGAACAUCCGAGAGCAGCAGAAGAAAUGUUUCAAAAGCUUCUCCCUGACGUCGGUAGAGCUGCAGAUGCUGACCAACUCAUGUGUCAAACUUCAGACCGUCCACAGCAUUCCACUAACCAUCAACAAAGAAGAUGAUGAAUCUCCUGGGCUCUGCGGGUUCCUGAAUGUCAUUGUCCACUCUGCCACUGGUUUUAAACAGAGUUCAAAUUUGUACUGCACUCUGGAGGUGGAUUCCUUUGGGUAUUUUGUGAAUAAAGCCAAGACACGAGUCUACAGGGACACUGCAGAGCCAAACUGGAACGAGGAAUUUGAGAUCGAGCUGGAAGGCUCUCAGACCUUAAGGAUAUUGUGCUAUGAAAAGUGUUACAACAAAAUGAAGAUCCCCAAGGAGGACGGCGAGAACACAGACAGGAUCAUGGGGAAGGGCCAGAUCCAGCUGGACCCCCAGGCCCUGCAGGACAGAGACUGGCAGCGCACUGUCAUCGCCAUGAACGGGAUUGAAGUGAAACUCUCAGUCAAGUUCACCAGCAGGGAGUUCAGCUUGAAGAGAAUGCCUUCCCGGAAACAGACAGGGGUCUUCGGCGUCAAGAUUGCCGUGGUGACCAAGAGGGAGAGGUCCAAGGUGCCCUACAUCGUGCGACAGUGCGUGGAAGAGAUCGAGCGGCGGGGCAUGGAGGAAGUGGGUAUCUACCGCGUGUCCGGAGUGGCCACGGACAUCCAGGCCCUGAAGGCGGCCUUUGACGUCAAUAACAAGGACGUGUCAGUGAUGAUGAGUGAGAUGGAUGUCAAUGCCAUUGCUGGGACCUUGAAAUUGUACUUCCGAGAGCUGCCUGAGCCUCUUUUCACUGAUGAGUUCUACCCCAGCUUCACAGAGGGCAUCGCUCUUUCAGACCCUGUUGCAAAGGAGAGCUGCAUGCUUAACUUGCUGCUGUCGCUCCCAGAGGCCAACCUGGUGACCUUCCUCUUCCUUCUGGACCAUCUGAAAAGGGUGGCAGAAAAGGAGACGGUGAACAAGAUGUCCCUGCACAACCUUGCCACAGUCUUUGGCCCCACGCUGCUCAGGCCCUCGGAGAAGGAGAGCAAGCUCCCUGCCAACCCCAGCCAGCCCAUCUCCAUGACCGACAGCUGGUCCCUGGAGGUCAUGUCCCAGGUCCAGGUGCUACUGUAUUUCCUGCAGCUAGAGGCCAUCCCUGCCCCGGACAGCAAGAGACAGAGCAUCCUAUUCUCCACUGAAGUCUAGAGGCCCAACUCCAUGUCCAAGUGACUGACAGAAUGACCUAGAAACCUCCUGGAGAAAAGUGCCCAUCCACAGAGCGGGAACCAGACCUUCUGGAGGAGUAAUUGGGCACAGGGCCAGCCGUCUGCCAAGAGACACCUACCCAAGACAAAGGGCCAAGUGGCCUGGGCAGUUCUGGGCCCCCCAACAGGUGCACCUGCGACCUCCCUGUUGGCCUUAGACUGUGGUUUUUGACAUUGCCACCAGAGGGCGCACCAAGCCAGCAUGUUUCGCCGUGUGCAGGCCUGGCAGGUGGUCUGGCUGGGGACCGGGCGAAGGGAGUGGUUUUUAUGAACUUAAUUUACCAGAGUAUAAAAGAUUUCUACUGGAUCAAGAUGCACCCUCUCCAGGGAGAAGGGAACACGACUAGAUUCCCUCACUAUCGUGUCUUGAAUAAACACUGCUGCUGCUUCGUACCAUGGGGGCCACAGCCCUUCCCUGUGCGGGUGGGGCAUUUCCAUUUUCCUGACUUAGAAGUUUGACUCCAUUAGUAACAGGGUGUGAAAGGCUAAGUCAACACUGUGUCGCGAGUGACCCCUUAACCUCCUGUUUCUUUUAUAGAAGGAUCUCUGUACAGAACAGGGUCUUCUUCCUCUCCUACCCCGUUGCUUUGUUUUGCUGUUCAUGUGCCCCCUCAAAAGGCAGCCCCAGUGGAUGUCCAGGAUGGACACCAGGCCAGGAAGCCCAGGCUGUGCACUUUAUGGUUUGUUCUCCGGAGAGAGAGCAGCUCCAUCUGCCACCCUAACUGCCCACUCGCCAGGCACGCGCUCCUUUGGCUUUAAAAGGCCUGGUCUCUGGCUUCCUCCAGCCUGUGGCCCUCUGCCAGCUCUCUCCCUUCCCCCUCACCCACCCUCCCUAAUGGCUUCAUUCCCUGCUCUCUGCUGAACAAACUCAGUAAACUUUUGUAAGUUUCCUCUCAGCUGCAGCUUGCUGACAGCUUGUUUUAAACUUUGAUCUGAAUAGCCUUUUGAUACUUGAAUAUUUUUAAGUUUUAUACAUAGUUUCUAAUUUUUUUCCUAACAGAUUCAGAUACCUAAUAAGAUAUUAGAAUGUAUUCUGUGGACAAUCUGAGUCCCAGCAGCAUUUUGUCUUCCUCCAAGCGCCAGCUCUGCUUUUGCCAGGAGCCAUUUCUGAGGCCUCUUGAGCAUGGGGACUGUGGGGGGGCUAGGAACAGGGGCUGCUCUGUGGGCCAGGCUGAGGGUGGAGCACUUCCACCCCAGAGUGGCUGGAAGGACAGGCCCACCCGCUGACUGCUCCCCGCACUCUGUGUACCUGUGCAGAAGCCAGGACGCUCCUGGCAACCUCCUGUGGGUCCGACUUGGAGAAGAAAACAGUUUUUUUUUAAAAAAACAAACCUAUGAAAAUGGCAUCUUUUUUUUUUAAAGAGAGGGUUUGGGGUGCGGAAAAAAGGAAACAGACAAUUUCCAUGCCUCUGUUUUUCAGGGUCUUUCAGGAAGAGAGGGUGUAGCAAAUCUGACCCAGGAAAAGCUGGUUGUCCCAGGACUGUCCCAGUCACCAGCGGCACUGCCCCACGAUCCUGCCUGUGUGCCUGGUGGGCGUGAGCAAGUCCUUGCCCGGUGUGUCUAAGGGUAGUACCUGCCUGAGGUCACAGUGGUUGGGGGGCCAUGCACCCCCACUCUCCCCUUGCAUGUGGAUCUGCCAAGGCAAAGGCCAGAAAAUGAAGUCACGUGAAGGUGUUAGGUCUGCACACUGUACUUAGGUAGCUGUAGUUUUCUUGCAAGGGGGAUAGAUGUAUUUAAAUCAUCUGUUGGGCCUGGCUGUUGGGGUGAGGGCAGGGAGCAGGUGGCUACACUCUGCACAUCUCUGGAGUCAGUGGGUUUCUCAGGCUCCAUCACUGGGCUCCUCUGGCCCGGCUACGCAUCCGGCCAUCUUCCCAGACAGCAGCCUGGGUUCCUGGAUACAGCAGGACCAAGGAGUGUUUGCUGAAUGAAGAAGUGAAUGAAUGUGGAGUGAAUGAAAGCCUUGGAGCAAGAGUCCCUACAAGAUGAGCCAUUUAAGGUGGGGUCACAGGGAAUUGCAGACCAGACCCUCGACUGGGCCUGGGAGCCUCCAGCCUUCCUGAUGAAUGCUGGCUGAGCUGCCUUCAUGCGCAUUUGCUCUCGGAGCUGCAACUCCACUCCAGACGGUGCUCAAUAUUUCUUGGGGCAAGGGAGGAAGGGGGGGCCACACAAGAUGUGCCUCCCUGGACAUUCCUACAGAAAUACCAUGACCAGGUGGCUAUUACUGUGCUGGAGGCACCAGGCAAGAGUCACACAAGUCAUUUCUGAGGUAAUUCUCCCAAUAGCCACCUAAGCAGAGAGUUCCACUUUGGAGCUGGGGUAACAGGCCAGAGCCUCACUUGGAAUCACCCAGCUGAAAAGACACUGAGUAGAGGCUAAAACCCCUUCCUCUUUAAAAGAUUUUAUUUAUUUAUACAAGCACUAGGUACAGUCAGAAGCAGGGGAAGGUGAGAGAAUUCACCAGAGCCAGAGCGGGUAGCAGAGCAGGCAGAAGGACCGAAGUACACUGCUGAG